CAUCUUGUUACACCCAGUGAUUGGUAGGAAGUGUUGCCUGUCAUCUGUCUAACCUCCUGUGUUAUCUGUUUUUGACAUUUGCUGCUAAAAACAAAAAAAAUAUAUGGAAUAAUUCCAAUCGGAUACAGCCAUGAGAUGAAAGAAAAGUGGAUAUAAAGGCUCAAGACUCGGUUCCACAUGAAUUAGACUGAGGCAAGUUAUUUCAAUGAGAAUGUGAAGAAGUUGCUGCUACGUUUUGUCGCCUUCCCGAUACACUACUUACGAUGAGACACAUCUGUUCCCACCCUUUGGUGAAGGUCACUAUGAGACCUUGUUACCCUUCCAGCAUUCAUCGGAGCUACAGGAUCAAUGCUUUCCGAAUAAGGACUCUCAGCUCUACUGCUAAGUUGCCCGACACUAAGCCUCCCUCUGAAGACAUGGGUGCUAACCUUUUACAGAAAUGGUCGGAAGUGGGGAAAACCAUGGGCAGGAACACCAUGCAGAGAAUUUCUGUGUCAGCCAAGAACUGGUGGGACCGAUAUGAAGAGUUUGUGGGUCUGGUGGAGGUCCGGGAGGCUCAAGGGAAAGUAGCAGAGGCAGAGAAGGAUUUCAUGGUCGCUCGUGGGAUUGUACGAGAAGCUCGGGAGAGUGUGGAGUCUCAGCAGGUGAAACUGAAGGAAGUGCGUGACCGCCUGGACAGAGUAUCCCGCGAGGAUGUGCAUUAUUUGGAGCUGGCAACUUCAGAACAUAAAUUAUUGCAGGAAGAAAAAAGACUGAGGGCUUUGUAUAUUAACGCAGAAGAAGGUGAAAGAGAAAAGUUUGCCCUCUUUUCUGCUUCCGUAAGAGAAAGCCACGAAAAAGAAAGGACCAGGGCAGAGAGAACUAAGAAUUGGUCCGUUAUUGGGUCCGUACUGGGAGCAGUGAUUGGAGUCAUGGGCUCGACUUACAUCAACCGAGUCAGGCUGCAGGAACUGAAGACUCUGCUUCUAGAAGCACAGAAGGGACCAAUCAGUUUGCAGGAAGCCAUCCAUGAACAUGCCUCGGUACACCAAUCUCAGCAAAAGGAUCUUGGGGACCUUAUUAUAGGCUUGAGAAGUAUAGUUCCAUCUCUAUCGCUGACAUCACAAGAUCCUCAAAAGGGCCUCUCUGGUACCGAGUCAAAGCCUGAACUUGAUAUCACGGUGAACCCGGUUUUAAGAGCGGUUAAAGAACACAUGGGAUAUACCAAGGAUGCAGGGAAACAUCUAGAAAACUUACAAACGAAUUAUACCAACUUAGAAAAGGAUAUCAGGAAACUUACAAAUGACAUGCAAAAUGUGAAGUCAAGGGUUAACUCGCAGCCGGCGGAAAGGACACUCAUGUCCUCCUCUCAAGGGAGCCAUGGGCCGGGGGACCAGCACGAGAACGUGAUUCUAGAACUGUCUGAGGCCGAGCAAAGGCUGCGGACUCGCAUUGACCAAAAUUCAAUUUACAGCACUGCUGUGACGUGUACUGUAAUCGCAAUAACCAUGCCCAUAUUGUACGUUUUACUAAAAGGAAACUAGAAACCUUCACGAUCAGUGAACAUAGUUAAUAAAUUUGACUUAAUCUUCCAUAA